AUGUCAGAGAGCCUCUACCCAAGGUUACUUUUGUCAAGCUUGAAAAUCAGCAAAUCCCAGUGUCAGAUAAGAAAGUAUGAAGAGUGGUUGAAGGCUGGAGAGAAGAUGUAUGGAGGAAGACAACCUUUCACAAGUGGCUCUGAACAGAAGGAGGAUGGUCCACUGAGAAUUUCUAACCUGGAUUCCAAUGCAGACGGUAACGCUGCAGGACAACCAAUUUAUACUGCAAGUGGAGACCGUAGGGGAGGUGAGAAUGUGUCUACUGGGAGUCAAAAUGUAGAAUCUCAAGAAGAAGAAGGGAAAAUGCAGAAUAUGGAGGUGAUAAUAACACAUGAUACUGGGGAGGAAAGAUUAGUGGAAGGAGCCAUAGUUGGUGAGACAAUGGAAAUCACAGAGAUACUCACAAUCACUGAUGGGAAAUUAGAUAAGGAGGUCAGUUGUGAAAUACCAGGUAACCAGGAGAGGUUAAUGCAAAAGACUUGGAGAAGGUCUGCCAAAAGAGUUGGGAGAUUACUGAGGAACCCUGACUCUCCAGAAGCUGAGACUCCAAUCUCAGGGGACAAAAGA